AUGUCCUCCAUCGUCUUAUAUAGACCGACAGGCAAAGGAAAGCGUCAACUCACGCAGUUGAUCGGCUGCGACCCGACCACUACCUCGUGGCCCAUGUGUUAGGUGUAUAUUAUAUACCUGGCUGUACCUAUACGUGCACUUGCAAGGAAAUCAUCAUCGGCAUCACAGUAUAUACCACCGCGGCAGAACAAAGUUCAUGGAUAAUAAGCAUUGACUGCGCGCUCCUGCCGGUACUUGGUAUAUAUAGAGUCCAUCGCGUUGCCGUGGCAGACCCAAGGACGCAAACACUGCACGGCACAAAGUGUGUGUUUAUGUGUGUACAUCGUAUUGUAGCUAGCUGUGUCUAUAAACAUAAGAGCUAGUAAGUAUAUAUAAGCACAGCUGCUGGUAAGGAUACAAUUAAGAGUUUGCGAGAGAGCCAUCACCGGCAGCAUGAAGACUCAGAGGGCCGUGAGCUUCGACGAGUCGUCGAUGGAAAGCGGCCUCGCGACUACGCCGCCGCAUCAACAGGAUGAGCAUCAGCGGCAGUGCGACAGUGGGCUCGGCAGCCAGGAGUGCACGAGCUGCAGGGACGUCACCCGCGAGCCACAGCAGCAGGAGGUCACCAGCCUCGAGGAAGCCAGGAAGGUCAUAGCCGCUCUCAGGGCGCGGCAGAGGGCACAGGCCCACCAGAUGCUCGCAUGGAGGAGGACCCUCAAACUCCAGGAGGAGCUGGUGUCGCGAUUGACGCGGGAAAAGGCCGAGCAGUUGCGGAGCCUGUCGUCGCAGUUGUUGCUCUUCGAGUCGCGCCUCUGCAGGAAGCAAAAGGAGAUAGAGGCGUGUCUGGGGCAGCGCGAGGCCAUCAUCAUGCGCCAGCAGCGUGCCAUCAAGCAGCUCCAGCAGAGGCUCCGGAACACCGGCGAGUCGACCCCUGGCAGCCCGAGCAUGGGCGGCCGAACCCCGGGAGCACCGGAUACCAGGGCCGCCAGCACACCCCUCGCCGGGGACUCGCCACCCUGCGACGCCCUCGACAGCCUCGGCGACAGCGACAGCGCCGUCGUCCUCGACUUUCUCGACGAUCCCUCUCCCCCAAGGUUUCGCUCGAAUCUGACGGACGUGACGGUGAUACGAUCGGUGUCGGACGCAGUCGAGCCGGCCAACAAGUACUGCGCGGCGAGCCGGCGCUGCAACGGUUUCCUGCGAAGGCCCGAGGUCCUCGAGACCGUGUACUCGGUGGAGGAGGACGCCGACGGGGACCGGCCGGAGCCCACCGACGCCGAGGCGGACAACGACCCCCGACAGCAGCCCGACCAUCGGGACACGCCGUCCAGCAGCGGCAAGCCCAGGCUGCGCGACUUGUACGGUAGCUUCGAGAGGCUGCAGGCCCAGCAGUCCCAGGGGGCCGCGUCGGCGGACAAACCCGCUGCUUCCCCGGCCCCGGUGCAGAGGACGAGGGACGAGAGCAGCCAGCAGGCACAGCAGGUCACUUACAACAGGGUGAUGAGCAACCACAGGUCGGUGACCAAGCCUAAGGACGUCAAGUACAAAAGGAUCAACAAGGCCAAGUCCAAGAGCUUGGAGGAGCUGCGCGGCAGGCUGAGGAACUGGGUCGAGAAGGGCAACAAGAUAGCCAUCUCCCUCGACCAGUCGUACGCCUGACGAUGAGCACCAGCCGUGAUGGGUACAUGAUUACGCGUCUGUAUAUUAUAUGUACGCCUCUCGCGAUUAUCAUCGCGCCAGGAUGAAUCGGCACCUGUACAUGGACGGGCACUCGUGUCCGUUACUUAUUAGCUUGCGCCUCUCUCCAUCUCUCUCCCUGAUGCACACUGUGUAAGUACGUGCGCUAACUUCUUCGAGUCAGCCAACGCGAGUUCUUUCGGUUAACUCGGACCGUGGCAACUAUACAAUCAUGUUAUUAUUACUACUAUUACUACUCUCCUUUGUCCGCACGGGCAAAUCAAUUCUAUUGUGAUAUUUGCGCGACGAGAUCAAUAAGAGAGAGAGAGAGAGAGAGAGGGUUUACGAGCAUAAAAAUGUGAUAAAUU